AUGAAUUUUCGACGUAAGGCUACCAAUGAACGUGCGUCAGACCUCCAACAUCUGGUCUUUAUCGUGAGCGGUCGAGUACCUGUACUGUACCAGCCAAUGACCUUAACAAAGAUGUCCUCGCUUUUCGCGCUCCAUGAAAACCCUUCUUUGCCUCUGCUGAAGGAUGAGCAGAAAUUUGAGUUCAUCAGCGACAAGGCCAACGAGGUCAGCGUGGAUGGCGAGAAGGAUGUGCGGCCCAUUGGUAAUAAGAAAGCCAAGGCUCUGAAGAGACGACACGCCGAAGACGACGAUCUCGAGAGCUUGGCUGGUGAACAGGUGAAGCUCGCCCGUCUGGAGGUCGUCGAGGAAGGAAAGAUCUUGCUCAAGAUGGUACUACGAGAAGAAGCAACAGGAGAUCGUUAA